UUUGCCUCUUCAUCAGCAGGCUCUUCAUCAUCUCCUGAAAAAAAGGAAGAAAAAUGCAAGAGAGAAACAAAAGUUAUUCUGUAGAAUUGCUGUUUUAUAUUAAUUAGUCUGCAAACACAAUUUGACAUUAAAAAAAAUUAUGUCAAUAAUUAUUGGCGGCUAUUAGCCUUUAUUAGGCUGGUAGACUGACACUUUCUAACGAAAAGUAUUAUUUUUAAUUUGGGACCGCUGCUCUCAGGAGUGCCAACUUAUUUAAUAUUUAGAAUUAUUUUGUUUUAUUUUUAAGUUUAGUUACACAAAGACAAAGUUAAUCAAAACUAAACCACAAUAACUUAUUUGUGACCAUUACUUUUUGGCCUAUUCAACUUAUUCAUAUAUUCAGUUCUGGCUUCAGGUAAACCUUCACUUCAAGUGUCACUUCAUUAUCAUUAUUCACUAGUGACUAGCUAGGUGUCUCAGUCCCAUUUUAAUUAGGCCUAAAGUUUAAAUAGUAUAUUUACUAGUAUAGUAUUAGAAAAGUUGCUGUGAUAACAAGGGGAUUGAAUGCAAAAUACAAACUUUACAAAAAACACGAAGUUACGUCAUGACACCAAUCAAUUGUCUGCAUUGGCCAAAAAGAAAAGUUUGUGACACUGCUGGGGAAGAAAAGAAAGGGGGGGGGGGGUUAAAUUAAAAAUAACUUGUGUGAAUUCAAACAUUCUUUUUUUUUUAUCAUAAAAAAAAUCAUGACACCAAUCAAUUGUCUGCAUUGGCCAAAAAGAAAAGUUUGUGACACUGCUGGGGAAGAAAAGAAAGGGGGGGGGGGGUUAAAUUAAAAAUAACUUGUGUGAAUUCACACAUUCUUUUUUUUUUAUCAUAAAAAAAACCAUAUAAACCCUGAAAUUAGUGAAAUUGACAGUAAUGUUGAAAUUUCUGUUGUGAUGGUCUGGAUGUAUUUUGAUACUGACUAAAUGUCACUUUUAGUUUUAUAAAUAGUAAAGUGUGUUUCUGUACUUAUUUUUAUAUCAAAAUUUAAUUUUUUAGUUUGAAAGUGUGACAUACUUUAGGGUGGGAGGGGAUUGGGGGUGAGAUUUGUGACAGAUUGUGAAACAGGGGAAGAAGGGGUUAAGAAAUUUCCAAAAAAAGAGUGAGAUACUACGCAUGCCAAGCAGUAGCAUAAAAAAAAAAUAUACAACACCUAAAAAAACUAUGCAGAAAAAAAUGAAAAGUUGAAAAAGUAUCCAUUUUAUCUAUCAAUGACAAUAUUUUGAAUGCAUGAAUCAAAAAUUAAUUAUCUACCCUUCACCUGCGCACACAUUUUUGCAUGUUUAGAUCAUUCAUAAAUGGAUAGAUUGCAUCGUUUUCUCUUCACGUUUUGAUUUUUGUUUAACUGGUCGAUGGCAAUAUUAUAAAAAUGGACUUGCAUGAUGAAUUUGAUGGCAUUUCAAAUGUUACUAGUCAAUUUAUUCAGUACUGUAGUAGUAUUCCUGAAGUGAAAUUAUCUAUGAAAAAUUAAUUUGGUCCGUCUUGACUAAGUCAUUGAUUUUAUUGUCCACUUAUAACCUUAUUUUGCACAGUACUGGAGGGAAAUGUCAUGAGAAUAGAAGUGUUUUUUUUUAAAUUCUAUGAACUAUACACGCACUCUGUGAAUAUAUGUUGAUUGGAAGUUUCCAGAUGGGGUAAAACAAUAAAUACUAAAAGAAAAUAAUAUUAAAACGUAACACAUAACUUUAAGCCAUGCAGUGGUAAUAAAUAGGAAUAAUGGGCUAAUGCUAGUCAUUGAUUGAUAGUAAUAUUAAAUAUAUUUUACCUGAAAGAGGCUGGAAAGUAAAUAGUAAAUUUGAAAAACCACAACAAAUGAAAACAAAUCUUUGCUGUCCAUUGGAUAUUAUUUUUAAAAAAUAUUUGAGCUUUUAACUUUGAAAAUUGAAGAUAAUAAAUAACAUACUAACUUUACUAAAUCAUAUUUUUUUGUUGAUUAAGGCCUUUUGAAAUCAUCUGAAAGCCUAAUUAGAUCAUUACAUUAACUAUAACAUAUCCAAAAUUUGUUAGGUUAGGACUUGUAUUUUUGUCAAAUAAUGUGAUACCAAAAUUUGUACAAUUUACCAGCGAAAUACAUAUUAUUGAUGUUUUUUUUUUUGGGGGGGGGGGGUAAAUAAAUUGAUUUACACUGGAGAUCCAGCUUAUUACCCCGUUAUUACUUAUUUUAAAACAUUGUUAUAUUUAAUCACUUUAACGAGGCCAAAUAAAUUUUGGCCUAAUUUAAUUUUUCUUUCUGUUAUAGUUACCAAAUUUAAAUGUAACAUAUUUCAGUAUGGAAGAGGGAAAAAAAUUAGUAAUAACAUUAAUAGUUUUAUUCCUGGGUUAACCGGCUUCAUAAUACAAUUUUUCGUCACAGUUCUUUAGCAAUGAGACAUGGUAGAACCAACAUCUGCAAUUGGUAAGAAAUCACCAGAAUGUCAAAAGUUUCUAUUUGGACCAUGGACUAUAUCAUCCUGGAAAUCUCACAUACUGGAAUCAGAAGGAGCACAAAGGGAAAAGUAAACUUAAAAUUAAUACUAGCUUGUAGUAUUAUACAUGUUGCUUUAAACAGCGUAAUUUUAUUUGCUUAGGCUUAGGCCUGCUCAUUGGGUAAGAAUUAGAUGGAAGUAUAACAUAAUCGUUUGUCUUUAAAAAUAUUAAUAUUUUUUAAAAAAACAAGAUUUGAGCAAGAAUUAAAGCUGCCUCAACUACCAGAAAUGGUUUUUGCUGAAAACUUCCUACGUAUUGAUCACCAGUCAGGUUGUGGAAUAGAUUUUAAUGCCUUGGAUGCCCUUCGUUUAGUUGAUCCUCACUCUGACCCAAUUAAGGUGGCAGCAUCAAAAGAAUGGCAGAAUGCAAGGUAUAGUAGAUCUUGUUUGAACUUUGCAAUUAAAGUAAUUCACAAAUCUGUGUACUAGCUCUUUUUUUUUUUUUUAGUUAGCUCAACAAAGUUAAUAUCAUAAUCUUAUGACAAUGAAACCUUUUUUUUUUGUACUUUUCCCCAAACUCCCAUAAAUAAAUACCCUCUUACUCUGACCCAAUUAAGGUGGCAGCAUCAAAAGAAUGGCAGAAUGCAAGGUAUAGUAGAUCUUGUUUGAACUUUGCAAUUAAAGUAAUUCACAAAUCUGUGUACUAGCUCUUUUUUUUUUUUAGUUAGCUCAACAAAGUUAAUAUCAUAAUCUUAUGACAAUGAAAACUUGUUUUUAUGUACUUUUACCCAAACUACCAUAAAUAAAUACCCUCUUUUAUUUUAGCUGUGAUCUAUCUUAGCAAUUGAUUUAAUGACAUCAUAAUUGAAGCUUAACAUUUCUUAUUUUAUUUACACAAUUGUUUGCGUCUAAUUAAUCUCCUUAAAAGCUUUUUCGCAGUCCAGUUCUUUUAUAAUUAGUUAUUUAAUCUGAAUCUCAGUUUUAAAAAAAUUAAAUUUGUGGUACUUUUGUUGUGUUAUUUUUAUUUGCCUUUGCUAAAUGCUUUACAUAAUCAGAAUUUAUUGUAACAUAAUUAUUAUUAAAUUUACUUAAGACGUUUAAUGGAAAGUAGUACUAUUAAUAAAUAUUUUCAUUUUAAUUUAUAUUGCCUUCCUUUAACACUUGAAUAAAAAUCAAUAAUCAUUUACAUUAAUUACAUUUUUGUUUCCUUUAAACCUAUAAUUCCCUUAAAACAAAUUUUGAAAUUAAAAUUUGCUAAAUUCUUUCAAAUUUUAAAUGGUUUAUUCAUAUCAUUGCUCUUAAACAUUCAUUCUAGGUCUGAAUGUCAACACAUAAAGAAUGUUGUUUCUCCAUUUGAUUGGACCUUUACUACAGAUUACAGAGGAACAACAUUUCAAGAAACACCAAACAUUUUGAAAGUAUGUCUUGCAAAAUUUGAGAUACAAUAAAAUUUUGGUCUUUCCAUUUAAACAAUUCAAAUUUUAAAACACAAUCACUGAAAACUUAAAUUAAUAAUUGUAUUUGACUGAAAGAGGUUACAAUUUUUGUUUUUAUUUCUGUUUAAGAGCCCCUGUUAAAUUACUUUUAAUUCUCUUUUGCUGUCUUUGACUGAACCUGCAAUGUUUGUGUAUGGUUUUGCUUUGUGUUAUUAUAAUGUACACUUACAUUUCUUAAUAUUUUUUAUUUUUGUUUUUUCCAGAUUGUUCCCACAUUGGAACGUAUAGACAUUGAAAAAUUAAAGCAGAAGGAGCCCAUACAUUUUUAUGAGGAUAUUUUAUUAUUUGAGGAUGAGCUUUCUGAUAAUGGAACUUCAUUGUUGAAUGUUAAAGUGGUAUGUUCCUGUAAAUUUACUUUGUUUAGGUUAAUGAAAUUCAUAAUUUAAAGAUUAACUGUUAAAUAUUGUUAAAGUUCUAUCAUAAAUUUGUUUGAAAAAAAUUGUGUAAAGUAUAUUAAUUUAUUCAAAAAAUGUGGUGUCAGUAUCAGCCUUGUUACUGUCAAGAAUAUAACAGUGGUUAUUAAUGUCACCUACAGCAAUAUUAGGGUCUUGCCGACUUUGUUUUGUGAGUUUUUAACCAAGGUGCGAUUGACCCUUACAUUCUAAACAACAUAGUAAAAUAAUUUAAAAUGUGGAUACAAAUUGUUUGAUUUCUUAGGUUUGAUACACCAGUGAGCAAAAUUUUUAAUAUAUUUUGUGGGUUAGGUUUGUGUCAGGACAUUAAGUAACUGCUAAGAUUUGAAGUAAUUUCUCUGCUUUUCGCUUCCAUUCAACACCUGGCUCUCACCUUACACCUUAUGUCAUCACACAGACUUACGAAUGAAAGUAACUAUUCUAAUUUUUCUUUGCUCAAUUUUCAUAUGGACUUUUCAGAGAGUGAUGCCCAGUAGUUUUUUCGUUCUGCUCAGGUUUUUUGUGCGAGUGGAUAAAGUGUUGAUACGAAUUAAUGAUACAAGAUUGUACCAUGAGGUAUGUUAGAUUUGAAAAUUAAUCCUAGGUUACAUAACUAAAUUCUCAUUUUAAAAAAAAAAAAAUUUUAAUUGCUUACAUAUGACUAACAGAUAAUUAUUUUUUUCUAUUCAGGCAGGCUCUAAUUAUGUAUUGCGAGAAUUUACUAGUAGGGAAGAAGCAACAUGCCAUAUACCAGUAAGUCUUGUUAAUUGAAGGCCUUUAACUAGUUUUAAUCAAAUUUUGACCAUUAUGGAAAUAAAAUGAAGUAUAAACUCAUAAAAUCUUAUCAAAAUUGUAGCAUAAAAUAAUAUUUAAAGUUGGUGACUUGUCCUAAUUUUUCUCAACAUCACAUGACUAAGAAAAACAAAAUCUUACUAUAGAAAAUAACCUUUGUGAUAAAUUUUUCAAUUUUUUUUCAUACAUUUUAAUUUUAGGAAUUUGAUUCUGUUGAGUAAUAAUAAAAUGUAUUGUCCACCAAUUUACUUCAAUCUUGUUUUUUCAGGUUGCUUUACAUACAGAUCCUAAUGCUGCUUUUGAGCACCUGAAAGUUACUAAAGAAGUUUUUGAAAAGUUGGAAUUUCUUUCUGAGACAUCUUGAUAAAUUUAAAUUUAGUAAAAAAAAAUUCAAUAUAAUUUUUGUUAACAAUUUUUAUGAAUUUUUUUUGUUUUUUCAUUUAAAUGUGUACACUGUAAUUAUAAUUAUAAUUUGUUGUGAAAAUAUUGCAUACAUCAUAAUGUAGAAAAAAAUCAAUUUCAAUUAAGUCCCAAAAAUUCAUUGGUUCUCUUAACUUUUUUUUCGUAUGUUUCAGACUGUUGGAUGAUAAGAAAAAAUUGUAUGUUGUUGUAAAUUUUAACAAACAUUUAUGUUCAGUCACUUUUAAUUCAUUGUGAUUAGUUUAUGGUUCUCAGUGUUUAAAAAGUGUCCAAUAUUAUAGAUAUGCAAUGGUUAGAUUCACUGAAUGGUGAAACCCAUUAGGAGUACCGUAAAUAAUAUUUUUCAAACAUCUUUUUGUUUGAAAGAAAUUAUAUAACUUUUCUUUUCCUGAUUUCUUGCAUGUGGGGAAAAAUGUGAUAGCUCCUUCCCACUCCACCCAAGUUCACGUUAGAUAAAGCUGUGCACAAACUGAAACUUUAAUGGCUUAGGAUUAAUAAGAUUAAAACUUUUCUUAUCAUGUUCCCCAUUUAGAGUGUCAUUUACAAAAUGUACUCCAAUGUCACCUAAUACAAUUAUUCAAUUCAUAUGAUUUGAGCUACCUUAAUAAGAGUUCCAUUAGUUAAUUAAACCUUUAACCUAGCAUUGUAAAAUGACAGUUUCACACCAGUUUUUUUUUUUUUUUUUUUUUUAAAUUUUUUUUUUUUUAAUUUUUUUUUUUUUUAAAGAGUUUAAGCAAUAAAUACUAGGACUGAGAUAGGUAUUAUAAGAUAAUCCCCGGCGGGUCCGGGUGUUACCAAAAAAAAAAAAAAAAAGAGUUAUCUCAGAUAAAGGGGCCCAAAUUUGUGAUGUGGAAGUGGAAACAAAUUAAAAUGUUUUUUGAAGUGCUUUGAAUUUAAAAGUUUUUCACCCAUGAGAUGUCACUGCGCCCCAUCAUGCAAAUCGCAAGUUUCACAUUUGUUAAAGCAUUCAACUUGCAUAUAAUGAAACAACAAUCGCACCCCUCUCUUUUUCCUUUUAAAAAAAAAAAACAUGGUAAAAAUCUCAUGUUUUAGAUCAUUUAUAUUUUAAGUCACCCAAAAUGACUCACAUAAUGAAAAUUUCAGUUUAGACAAGGAUUAACUUAUCUGUAUGCAGUUAUUGUAAGACACAUUAUUAUUCUAUAUAUGGCAUUCUUCCGUCUUUUGUUUCAUUGCUGUAAAACACAAAAGAGAUGGAGGGAGGCUUACAGGCUGUAGAGACAGAAGUUACUGUUAAAGUUGACUUGCUUUCCAGGCUAAGAAGGCAAGGGGUGACAUGAUUGUUAUUUUCUUUACAGGGAUUUUUUUGCUGUAAUAUUAAGGGCUAGAAAAAAUUUCAAGUAACAUCCAUGCUAAUGGUAAGGUAAAUAAAUAUAAUUGAAACAAAAUUUAAUUUUUGUGUCAUUUAAGUUGGUCUGCAGUGAAAGGAGAAUAUGUUGCUGUUGUUACCUUAGAUAAUGUAUUUUUUUUUAAAGUCUUAAGAUAGUUAGAACUGUAUCCCAGUGGUUCCAAAACAUUUUUGAUUCUCAUCACCCUUGCUGAAUCCAGUUUUUCACAGGCACCCUGGUCAAUAUUUAAGGAGUACACAGCAAGAUUGCAAAUACAAUUUUUUUAGAGGGUUAGUUUUUUAUGGAUUGUAAAUCAAGAUAAAAAUGCAUUUGGUUUAAAGGGUUAGUUUAUGUAAAAUUACAAAACAUGUUAGUGAGGUGGAUUUUUUUUCACAAAAAUUAUUUUCAAAUCUUGGGAUCAAAGACACAGCCAUUCAUUUCCUUUUGCACAUUUGGUGCAACUCUGAGCUACAAAAAAUCCAGCUUUGCACAAAUAAGUUGCAAAUUGAAUUAAUUUUUUUUUAGGGUUACUGCUCAGAGGGGAUGCUCAUCUUUUACUGAUAUCCAAAAUUCAGUUAUUUUGUUUUCAGCAUAUUGUCAAAUGAGAAAUAUAAACUUUUCCUCUUAGACAACAGUAAAUUCAAAUAGCACUUGCAUUAUUUAUAUAUCUAUAAACUUUUAUUAGGUAGAACUCCAUCUUGUUACAAUUAAUUAAUAAAAGGUUUGAUUCUGAAAAUAGUUAAGUGAGUUACUGAAUUAAAAAUACAAUUUUGAAAAUUCUGUACUACCUUCAUGUAGUCACUGUGAGGCUGCCCUAGCCCCCUAUUUUAUAUUGAAGUCUUGUAUGAAAAUCAUUAACUGUCCCAUGACAUGUGAUCAUUUCUCUGCAGUGCAGUUAAAGAUAAGUCAUAUUGAUAACGUGUGGUAAAUAAAAUUUUAAUUAUUUUGGACAAGGUUUAUUCAAUCUUCAAGUGUCUUUUUGCUGAAGAUAAAAGAUUUGCAACCUCAUUAAGAAUAUAAAUAAGAGAGCAAGUCAGAGUAAAUUAUAAACAUUACUACUUUAUUUUUUUAAAAUGCAAAAUUAAAAUUGUGUGGCUUUAUUCAUACCACUACCUUACACUACACACACUUUACAAAAAAGUGAUGUGAAAAAAAAAAAAUUUUAAAAAUAAAACUUUCAUGCCUUAAUAGUUUAAUUAAAACUGAUGUAAUGUAAAUGUAUUGUGAAAUUGAACUUUGUCAUUUUAGUUCUUUCUAGUAAUUUAGAUGGUUCUAAGUUUAAUCUUGCCACAACCAACAAUAUAAAAAAUAUAUCCAGAAAGACUAUUGUCUUUAUAAAUAAAUUGUAGAUAUAAAUAUUAAAUAAUUGAAAGAGAAAAAGAGCAAUUACAGCAAACAAAUCAAAAUUAAAUGGGGAAAUGUGUUAAUUUUGUGUAAAUGUGGAUUGAAAUAUAUAAAUGUGAAGAGAUUAUACACCAGCUUGUGUCCGGUGAUGACACAAGAUUUUGGUGUUUUUGAUUCACAAACAUCAAAUUAACUCUACGAACAUAACAGGCAUUGUGUGAAAGGAAUAUUUCACUUGCAUACUGGUAAAAAUUUAUGUGACUACAACUUUUUUUUUUUUCUUUUGUUUACUUACUCUGCUUCUAAUGAUUCCUGAGACAGAAUUAAGUGAAUUACUGCAAGUGAAAGUAAUUUGAUUCUACCAAUAAAUUAUGUUCCACUUAACCUGCCACAGUAAGAAUAACACUUGAAUUUAAAAGCAAGUACACAUUUUCAAAAGCUGCUUUAGAUUUAGAUCCAUUUAAAUUUAACUCUCCAUGCAAUUACAAAUUACAAGAACAAAUACAAAGCUAAUAAAUUUUUAAUGCAAAAAAAAAAUAUUUAGAGCCACGCUAGCAAAAUUAGCCAGUAUAAAUUUAAUAACUAUUGCAAUAAAUAUUUGAACAAGCCAAAAAUUACUCCUAGCAUUGUUAUUUUUAAAAAGCUCAAAUAACCCACCAAAAUAUUUGUUUGAAAAUGUAAUCAGUGAUAGGGUUGGUUGUUAAAAUUGUGAUAUCUUGCAGUUUGCAAAACAUAAAAUGAUUUAUAAUUUAAAACUGGAACUUUACCUUUUAACCCCAGAUUUUUAUUCCAGUACCUUAUGAAAAAAAACAUCAUCAAAAUAUUUUGACUAAAGUUAAAGAGUUACAUUUUUCACAAAGCUCAUCACAUAUUUUGGAAUAUGUCAUAUAUCAAAAGUAAAUAAAUAGCGUAUUGUUAUAAGUUAGAUUAAAUUACAGUAUCGAAGUGCACGCACACACAUACUUAAUAAUGGAGUGGAUUUAGUCCACCAAGCAAAAAUGUAAUAGGAAAAAUAGUUCAAACAAAUUGUAUAGACUUAAAACAAAUCAAUGGAUUCAUAUGAUUUCCAUUUUUGACUUCAACUUUUAUGAAAUAUUAAUAAUUAAAUAAAAUUAAGAGCAGAUUUACAUAGUGAACAAUUUAGGUGUAGAGUAGAGUUCUGAAACUUAUAACUAAAUAGAAAAAAAAAAUUAUUUGAAUAGUUAAGCCAAAAUAUUUUUUGGAAAAUCUUUUUUUUUUUAAAUUAAUUUACUCUAACUUUAUUUGACCUUUAAGGAACCAAAAUAAUAAUAAAUUUAGAGCACAAGAGGGUUCUAAAGAAUUUAAAUUAAAAUAAUUCCCCUCCCCCCACCCCCUCUCUUUGAGAUAAAAUAUUUUAGUUUCAGAUGGUUUAGUUUCAAAAUUUUCAAUCAAGUAUUUUUAUAAUAUAUAUUUUUGUUUAAAUGAUAAAGAAAGCUUAAAUAUUCCUUUUGAUUUUUGUUUUAAAACUCUAAAUUUAUUUGUAUAGAUUGAAUCACAUGGAAUAUUUCUAUUUAUGGGCAGCUUGUUUUUCAUACAGGACUUCUGACAUUAAAUAACUGCAAAAUUUCAUUUUUCUAAUAAUGAGCUUCUGGGUAACAUGAAAUGCACAUUUGAAUUCAUGUUUUAUGUAAAAAGAAAAAAAAACAUCUUUUUUGAUUAAACAAGUUACCAACAUCCCAUUAAUACUGGAUGACAUUGGAAAUAAUCGGUAAGAGUGAGGAGUAAUUUGAAGUCUUGUGCUAGCCAUGAUGAAAACGCAGAACCCAAUUUAUAUUUUUUAACGGGUAAAAAAAUAAAUAUGUUACUUGAUACUUUAAAAUAGCAACAUUUGAAAAAAACACUAGGAUGUUACUAAUAGAAUGAUAACCUUCAAAAUAUGGUAAUCCAAAUUUCAUUCUGAAUGUUGCAACAGUUGUCUUUUCUAACCAAAACAUCUUAAAUAUUACAGAGGACAAUGAUUUGGUGUCACAUAAAUCUAAAACAAUUGGUUAAAAAAAGAAAGUGCCUUCUCAAAGAGGGUUAACAAAUUAUAAAUAAAAGUGUUAAGAAGAAAAAACCACUAUGAAAAAACUAAGUUAUGCAUUCCAUAAAAAUGCCAAGAACUUGUGUACCAAUUUUUUAUUUUUAAAAAUUAUCUUUAAUGGAAAGGGGAAAAAAAUAAUGUAAUGAAACAAAUGAAAGACA